AUGUCCGACUACGGCGUUGAGCUGGAGCCCGUCAAUAGUGCCAGUCUGCUGAAGAAACCCACGGUUCACGAACUCGACGAGCGCAGACGAGCCAAACUCGAAGAGGUCGACACGACCCCGUUCACGUUAUUUCACCUCCGAGUUUGCCUUGUUGCAGGUAUCGGCUUCUUCACAGAUGCAUAUGACCUAUUCGCCAUCAACAUUGCUUCGACCAUGCUCGGUCUAGUUUACGAUCCUACGGGUCGCAAUACACAACUUUCUUCUACCCAAGAUCUUGGUAUCAAGGUGGCCGCCCUUUGUGGGACGUUGGUCGGGCAGCUAUCCUUUGGCUGGCUCGCCGAUAUUGUGGGUCGGAAGCGGAUGUAUGGUUAUGAGUUGAUCGUGAUCAUCGUUGCGACUUUUGGUCAAGCUAUGGCAGGGGGCAGUCAGGCCGUAAACGUUAUCGCCGCGCUGGUCGUGUGGAGAGUUUUCCUUGGAGUAGGCGUCGGUGGAGAUUAUCCGUUGACAGCAGUGAUCACUUCUGAGUUCGCGUCAACGCGCAUGAGGGGCCGAAUGAUGACGGCGGUGGUCGCUUGCCAAGGAUGGGGAACGUUCACCUCCGCACUCGUUGCCUACAUCAUCGUGAGCGGGUACAAGUCAUCCAUCCUGCACGAUGACCCUACGCUGUUCCCGCACGUGGACUCUAUGUGGCGGCUACUCAUAGGCAUUGGUUGCGUCCCGGCGGCCAUAGCGCUCUAUUUUCGCCUGACGAUCCCGGAGACGCCACGGUUCACGAUGGACAUCGAGCGAAACCUAGCGCGGGCAACGGCGGAUGUUGACCGCGUGCUCAGCGAUGGCGCAUACAUCAUCACCGAAGACGCCGUCGUGCAGCGGAUCGACGUCCCGCAAGCGUCGAAGCGCGACUUCAUCGCUCACUUUUCCAGGUGGCGAAACCUCAGAAUGCUGUUCGGCACAUCGUGGUCGUGGUUUGCGUUAGACAUCGCGUUCUAUGGUCUGGGUCUGAACUCCGCCGUCGUUCUCACCGCCAUCCACUUCGGUGGCGGGAGCACGUUCACCCAGUGCAAUGUCUCUCCGGACCGAUUUCCACCCAUGACCGCGAGCAGGGCCUUCCAGAACAUGCACAACGUCGCUGUGGGCAACCUGAUCCUUUCCGUUGCUGGCCUCAUACCCGGCUAUUGGGCGUGUUUCUUCUUCAUCGAUCGGUGGGGCCGGAAACCCAUACAGCUCAUGGAUUUUGCGGUGCUCGCUGUCCUGUUCGCCAUCAUGGGCUUUGGAUAUCACAAACUCGCUGGCGAUUGCAGUCACUCAUCCUCGAGCGGCAGCGCAGGCUUCGUUGCCCUGUACUGUCUCGCCAACUUCUUCCAGAACUUUGGUCCCAACACUACCACGUUCGUCAUCCCGGGGGAGGCGUUUCCGACGCGAUAUCGUUCGACAGCGCACGGCAUCUCCGCGACCUCCGGCAAAAUCGGCGCGAUCUUGGCCCAAGUAGGUUUCACACUACUCAAGGACCGAGGAGGCCAGAAUCAGUUCCUCGGACACAUCUUGGAGAUCAUGGCCUUGUUUAUGUUGACAGGAAUCGCGUCGACGUUGCUGGUACCGGAGACGAAGCAGAAGAGCCUGGAGGAGCUCUCGAAUGAGCAGCAGGAGGGCUUCGUUCGUGGAUAG